UCUGAUUAAGCCACGCGGCUUUGCUCUAUAAAUCUCUCUUAUAUCCUUCACUGUCACCGCCCGCUACUUCAGAAUUCCUAAUAAUCGAAAUCAGUACGCACCUAUGGAGGAAGAAUUCUCGUUCCACGAUCCAACUCAGUUGCUCGACUCUGCUUCCGAGUUCGCUCAUCAUCCUGGCGCUCAAAACGACGCCGCUGUCAAAGUUUUUCUUGAUCGUUUCCCUCUCCCUGUCAUCAUCAGUGCUCUGCAGACAAAAGCUGAUGUGCCUGGCCUGGAGAAUACUCUGGUUGCUUGUUUGGAGAGAGUAUUUAAGACCAAGUAUGGUACCUCACUCGUUCCACAGUACAUGCCUUUUGUUCAAGUUGGCCUCAAGGCAGAUUCUCAAAUAGUUCGUUGUUUAUCUUGCAAAACGGUUUUGUUCUUUCUAGAGAACUUUGAUGACAAAUCUUUAUCUGCCGUAAAGCUGAUUAUGGACUAUGAUGUUUAUCCUCUCUUACUGGACUGUUUGAUAAAUGGCAAUGAACAAGUUGCUACUGCUGCAAUUGAUGCCAUCAAGACCUUAGCUCAGUUUCCAGAAGCCAUGGGCAUCAUUUUCCCAUCUAAUAUCAAUGAUGUUACACACCUUGGGAAUGUAGCAUCUCGAUGUUCAUCACUGGGGCGUGUGCGUGUUUUAUCAUUGAUAGUGAAGUUAUUCUCCAUUUCAAACUCCAUAGCAUCAGUAAUAUAUAAUUCAAAUCUGCUCAGUUUAUUAGAGGCUGAUAUCAGGAAUUCAAAUGAUACCCUUGUAACCCUAAAUGCUUUGGAGCUGUUGUACGAGCUGACUGACAUCCAGCACGGUGCAGAGUUUUUGGCGAGGACCACCAUUCUGUUACUUCAUUCUAUAAUCAGCAACUCAUCAAUGGAAUCAAUUCUACGAUCAAGAGCAAUGAUGAUAAGUGGAAGACUUUUAUCCAAGGAGAACAUAUACAUGUUUGUUGAUGAAACGAGUGCCAAAAGUUUGAUUUCAGCCAUUGAUGCGAGACUUGGGCUGUUGGAUGGUCAAGAUGCUGAUGAAUAUGAAUCUGCACUUGAAGCGCUUGGAGGAAUAGGAUCAUCAAUUCAAGGAGCUUUGUUGCUACUAAGUUUUCCUCCCGCUGCAAGGCAUAUAGUUCAUGCUGCAUUUGAUGGGCAAGGGGGUGGUAAACAGUUGGCUGCGUUGCAUGCCCUAGGGAAUAUUGUGGGAGAAAACCGGCCUGAGGGUAGCAUAAUACUAAAUGAUGAUGCAGAAGAAAGUCUUCGACAUUUGAUCUAUGAAGUAGCAUCAGAAAGUACAAAGUUGACACCAUCUGGUCUUUUCCUAUCUAUUCUUCAACAGGCUGCAGAAUUUCGUCUAGCAGGGUACAGAGUAAUAACAGGAUUAGUAGCUCGAGUAUGGUGCUUGAUGGAGAUUUGCUCGAAACCAGAGAUAAUAAGCAUAAUAACUGAUCCAACUACUGAAACUACAAAAAUAGGUAUGGAGGCUAGAUACAACUGUUGCAAAGAAAUCCAUAGGUCGUUCGUGUCGAGUAAACUUGCUAGCGAUCCCACCCUCUCUGGAAUAGCUGGGAAGUUGCAAGAAGGUGUUGAGAGAGGUCCAUAUCUGGUUAGAAAGCACAGUGAAGCAACUCCAGUGGUAAUGACAGCUGAAAGAUUUUAGGGCCUUUGCAAGCAAAUUAGUUUACUUAUUUACAUCAUGGGAGACUUACCUGUCAUGUUUGGUAUAUUUCUGGGGUUGUUUUUUUUUAUAAAAAAAAAAUUGUAAACUUUACUGAUAUAACUGAUGUGAUAGAUAUAUACAGAUGAAAACUCUUUGAAAAUACAAAUAAACAUAUCCUUCAUGACUA